AUGGACGGCGAAUUGUCAAAAGAUAGCAAGAGUAAGUGCCUUCAGAACGAUGAGGUUGCUAUGGACGAGUCCGAGGACUUUUCUGAUAGUUAUAUUCCUGAUACUUCUGUCAGUAUAAGUGCUGCAGACUCUUCUAAGUUUUCUCAUUUUGCUUUAACCUGGAAUGACUUAAGUUACUCUGUGAAAGUGAAAAGGGGCCCUUGGUGGAAAAAGAAAGAGGUCACCAAAACUUUACUUUCUGAUUUAAACGGAUCUCUUAAUUCUGGGGAAAUGGUAGCCGUGAUGGGGACAUCUGGUGCUGGAAAGACCACAUUUAUGAAUUUAAUGGCUGGAAGAACUAAUAUCGGAAAAGUUGAUGGCUCGAUUCUACUAGACGGAAAACGCAGAGGCAAGUCAUUCCGAUCGCAAUGUGCUUACGUUGAGCAAGAUGACGUCUUUCUUGCUAACCUAACUGUGAAGGAAACUUUUUAUUUUAAUUCUUUCUUAAGACUUCCCAAGAACUUAUCUACUGAAGUGAAGAAAGCGAGAGCGGACGAGGUGAUUGCCCAGCUCGGGUUAAGCUCCUGUCAGUCUACCCGGAUCGGGUCGAAUCUCGUGAGGGGCAUUAGCGGGGGAGAGCGCAAGCGUUGCUCCAUCGGCAUCGAGUUGCUCACAAACCCGAAGAUUCUUUUUCUCGACGAACCGACUUCUGGAUUGGACGCCUUUACUUCCUACCAUGUGAUGAAAACUGUAAAAGGUCUCGCACGUGAACAUGGGCGUGCUGUCAUGUGCACGAUCCACCAACCUCGAUCAAACAUUUUUGACUUGUUUGAUAAGUUACUUUUACUAUCCAAAGGAAAAACAGUUUAUUAUGGACCUGCAAGCGAAGCAAUGAAUUUUUUUAAAAGUUUAGGAUAUACUGCUUCUUAUUCUCCGGCUGACUUUUUUUUAGACUUGACUACGGUGGACACCCGAACUCCUUAUCUUGAAAACAAAACUCGAAAACGAAAUGAGAAAUUAAUAUCUGCUUAUAACAAUAGUUCUUAUAAAGUUCAGGCGCUUUCGGAACUUCAGAAACCCCGCAACACCGAUAGUAAUAUGGAAAUUAAAAACAAAGACUUUUCGGAAGGGCCUAAAGUUGGUUGGUGGGGAGAGUUUAGCACGUUGUACAAAAGAGCUACCUUGAAUAUUAUUCGUGAAAGGCGGACAACAGCCGCUACAUACGCUCAGGCUCUGGUCACCGCUCUUCUAACAGGAAUUGUAUUUUAUAAAUUAACGUACACAAAAAAAGAUAUACAGAACCGCAAUGGCGUGCUAUUUUUUAUGUGCCUGAACCAAACUUUUCAGCCAAUGCUUGCGAAAGUUCUUCUUUUUCACUUGGAACGACCGCUUUUUAUACGCGAGCGCCACUCGAAACUUUACAGCGUGUCCUCUUACUAUACCUCCAAGACGCUCGCUGAGUUUCCUAUAGUAGUUUGGUCCACUGUUAUCCUGGGGACCAUCAUCUAUUGGAUGGCGAAGCUGAACCCGUCCGCCGAUCGAUACUUCUUUUUUGUUCUGGUUCUUAUUGCAAACUUUUUUUCUGCAGAAAGCUUAGGCCUCGUUAUAUCUUCUGCAACUCCGAGUGUUGAGGUCGGCAACACGAUAGCGCCAGUUUGCGUCAUAUUGUUUAUGCUUUUCAGCGGCUUUUAUGUACACAUUUCUUCUAUUCCCAGAUGGAUUUCUUGGAUUGGUUACGUGUCGUUUAUAGCAUAUUCAUAUCAAGCACUUGCUAAAAACGAGUUUAUGGGCGAAGAGUUUGCGUGCAAUUCUUCGGGUUCCUGCAUAUCGGGGGAAGAAGAGCUUAAAGAAAAACAAUUCGAAGGAAGCAAAUAUCUUGAUGUGUUUUACAUUUUUUUGAUUGGCUUUUUUUUAAGAGUUAUCGGAUAUCUUUCCUUAUAUUUCAUUACAAAACCGAAAAAAAAGCUUUACUGA